GAGGGAGUUUGAUCAUGUAUUUGGUUACACUGCAAUAUGUUGGCCAUUGAUUGUACUUUGCUACUUACCUAUGGCAACGAUAGUGACAGUCCUAUCGCAUUCUCACACUCAUUAGUCUACUUCAGUUUGCACUGCACCAACCAGCAAGAGCAACUACCACAACCUAACAACACCGUGAUGUGGUCAAAAUACUUACACAUGAAACAACACAUACAACAGCCUAUGUAUUGAGCUAUAUAAUCAAUGCAAUGUGAUGCCUCUAUUUUAAGGCAUUGCCAUAUUAACCCGAAAAAUUCUAAGAGAAACUUGGAUUCUUGACUUAGAGCCGCUACAAGACUGGGAGCGCAAAACAUUCAGGUAAAACGGGGUGAAACGUCACACGGAUUAUCUCGCGAUGGAAAAGAACAGUUUGCCGCGAUCUUCUGCUAUGACACUUCAAUGAACAACAGCCAUGGCUGCCUUCCGUAGACUUAUUUCCACAUCGACUAAUUUCUCAUCUACCUCAGGGAGAUUUGUAUUUUGGAAACAAACACCGAAGAGAACUAAGACAUUUAAACGUAUUGCAACUGGAGUAUGUAUCGCCACCGGAGCUGGUUUCGCGAGUUAUUACAAUGUCCAAAAUACACUGUCAAACCAAAUCGAUAAUGGUUUACUUCUCGCAUUACCAGAAGUAUCUGCUACAGAUAAGGCCAAGACAUUUGAUCUGGAUGAUGGGGAUGUGUACAUGUCGUCCCAUGAGGCCAGGUUUCGGUUGUUCAGCUCAGUGGAAUAUGAGGGACAGCUCUAUAUGACCCCACUGAACUUCAUUGAGUCUGUCACCAUGGGUGAGCCUAAGAAAAAGAGGAUUUGGAAGUCUCUAACAAAACAGGAGUUGGAACAGAUGCUGGCAGACACCCCUCCUGUUUUUAAAGGAUCAUCCAAUUUAUUCAGGAACCUACGUCACCGAGGCAUCAUCGGUUACACAGAGUAUCUAUUCCUGCUCUGCAUUUUGACAAAACCUCAUGCUGGCUUUAAGAUAGCUUUCAACAUGUUUGAUGCAGAUGGAAACAAAAUGGUGGACAAACGGGAGUUCUUGGUGCUUGAGGAAAUCUUCCGUAAGAAAAAGGAUAGAAAAGAAGCAGAUGAUGGUGCUCCAAGGUCUGACAAGCUGAAUAUAGAUGAAAAUAUGACCGACACGACCCUGCUGGUUCAUUUCUUCGGGAAAAAGGGAAAGGCAGAGUUGGGCUUCGAUGAUUUUUACAGAUUCAUGGACAACUUGCAGACAGAGGUGCUUGAGAUUGAGUUCCUGUCCUAUUCCAAAGGCCUGCCUAUCAUCAGUGAGGAGGACUUUGCCCACAUCCUGUUGCGUUUCACCAACGUAGACGACAUUGCAGGUUACCUGGACAAUGUGCGCAAGAGCAUUACAGAUGAGAAGGGAAUCACCUUUGAUGAGUUCAGAUCCUUUUUCCAAUUCAUGAACAACCUGGAGGAUUUCGCUAUAGCCAUGCAAAUGUACAACUUUGCCAACCGUUCCAUUGGCCAAGAUGAGUUGGCCCGUGCAGUCUAUGUGACGACGGGGCUGAAGCUGACUGAACACCUGGUCAACACUGUGUUCCACAUCUUCGACGAGGACCGUGACGGACAGCUCAGUUACAAGGAGUUCAUUGGUGUCAUGAAGGACCGGCUGCACCGCCGCACGGCGUUUAGAGUGGAUGACAAGAAGAAGUUCACUUCUUUCAAGUCCUGUCUGAAGAAGGAGAUCUCGUCAGGCAGAUAGAUCACCAGCUGAAUGUCCUGCACUCUCAGUCUGCACCCCCCUCUACCUGGAUAGGCUUCCCCUGAUCCAUGAAGAUCAUUCAAAACAACAGUGCAGUUCAUUUUGCUAUCAAUUUGAAGAUGAGAGAAGGAUAGACUAAUGUGUCAGUCUCUGCAUAGUCGUCUAAAAAGUAGAAAUUAAAUUAAAUAGGAUUCUCCCCACCUAGGCCUAGUUGGAUGCUACUCGAGUUGUUUUCAAGUUGAUAUUGAUAUGAGAAGGAGGAUUUCUCUGACAAAGGAUUUCUCUGAUGACCCUAAGAGUAAGCCAUUUUAAAUACCUGAAGUCUUAAGCUUGUUGUUCAGCUUUCAGUCUGAAAUCAACAAUAUGUAGUACUGUGAUGUUAAGUUGCAUUGAUGGUAUUUUAUUUUUCUACCAGAUUGUUUAAAAUAAAAAAUGAAAUCAGGGGAAUGCUAUGGAUCAGGACUGGUGUAACACCUUCCUGGUCUUCUACAAGUCACACGAGCUGAUCGGGUCACUGGAAACUCCAACCUAUUGUUGCAACAGAUUUAUUCACCCAGGGUGAAUAUAUUAUUGAUUCAUCAUUCACCAUUUUACCGUAUUCAUUUGUUAUUAAUUUGUUUGUUUAUCACUGUAAGUCUUUGAAAAGGAAAAACCCAUUUGGUUGUUUUGUGGCUGGCAGGCUGUAGCUCUGACAGUGUGUGUAGUAUUGUUCAGUGUGGUUCCCUCCCAGUCCUAAACCUGCUAAUCUGCCUCUAUGCAUUGCUGACAUACUUUCUCCAAGCCUGUCUGCAGCCCACUGCACAGAUCAGCUUACGCAGGGGAGUACAGCCUCCCUCUUGUGUUCUGUUCACACGGCUGCCUUCUGCAGCUCAUUCUCAAAUAACUCAGAGCCAGCUAGCUAACACCUUUCAAAUUGGGGUUUUAUCUCUGGGGUUCAUUGUGUAAAUAGAGGCAGCUAACUCCAUUAAUAAUUAUUAUAAUCAAGAGUUUACUCUGAUGUAAUGGAGAAAUUCAGUGUGUAUAUUAACUAUACACACUAUUCAUACUAGGCUUAUUCAGACUACUGACAGGGAUUCUAUACAAUGAGGACUUUAUGAAUUUAUGGUAAUUGUUUUUACUAAAGGCAAAAUACAAUGUUUAAAUAACAUGAGAUUCCUGUUCAGAGGCGUACCUAUGUUUAUUUCCCAAUGGGUUACCCAGGAAAAUCUUAUUCUACUGUGUACCAUCAUGACAUAUAUAUUUUAAAAUGUCAAAUAUAGUGUAUAUGCAUUUCAGUGAUGUUUUCUAGAGACUGUAGUUCUGGUCUGAUGUGGUGGAUUUCCGCUUGAAUAGAGACUUGGGUCAGCAUUACAGCGUGGUUGGAAUUUAAGGCAAUGUUCCUGUAUUAGCAGAGACUGCAUUCAUUGUAAACGCUGCAGAUGUCGGCUCAAUAGGAAAUGGCCUUUACGUGUUUAGCAUGCUAUCUGCAAUGCUCCAGCGAAACAGAUUGAACAUAGCCCUUGGUUUGCUAGUUCCAAUGUCUAACAAUAUUAUCUUGUAUGUUACAUAUUAAAUCAAAUAAAUGUAUUUGUCUAAUUCGCCUACUUCUUUGCAUGGUAUAACAUAAUACAUUAGUAAUGUGAAUAUCCUACAUCUCCUCUUAGUUGACCUCUUUUGAAUGAUAUUUGGAAGUCGUGAAUGACAGCUCUCUCUACAGAACUUUGUUUAGAUGACCAAAUGGAUUACACAGGCUGUUACAUAGACUUGGUAAAUAAAGAUGUUAAGAACAAUCAA